ACUCAAGCUCAACCCAACUCAUUUGCAAUGGUUCUCUAUAGGAAAUUCAAUUAACAGACCAACCGACCGACCCCGAGACCGACUCCAAACCCACCCAGACACGUGCCCCCCUAAAAAUGUCGACGGUCGUGUAUGUGUGUGGAAAGACUAUAAAAACAACAACAACAAAACAACAGUCGACUGUCGACAUAGUAGUAGUACUCCAACCAUUGAAGGGUCCACUCAGACAACAAAAACAAACACACACAUACAUAAUACUAGAUGGGAAAUUACAAGUCACUGUUAUUGCCAUGGAUUUGGGUUUUACUAAUCCUGCCAUCACUAAACCAGGCGGGAUACAACGAUCAUGAGCAGCAGCAGGAAGAGGAGAAGGAACUUCAGUUGCAAUACAAUUACGAGCAGUGGCGACUCCAAUGCGAGAAAUAUGACACAACGGAAACGGGGAUUACGACACGCAUAGCCGGCGGCAAUUUGGCUGAACCCGAAAUGUUUCCCUAUCAAGUGGGUCUACUCAUAGAAUCGGCGGGUACCAAAGGUGAACUCCUACAAUGUGGUGGCUCAUUGAUAGCCGAAGAUGUUGUUCUAACAGCCGCCCACUGUCUAUGGAAUGCCAAAAGAGUUCGAGUAUUUUUGGGAUCUCUUAGAUUUGCUGAUUCCACAGAUGCCACAGAAACAUUUCUCAUAUCGCAAGAAGAUUUUACAAUCUAUCCUGGUUAUUUGGGUUUCGGUGGCUACAAUGAUUUGGCUGUAAUUCAUUUACCCAGGAAAGCUAAGCUCUCCAAUAGAGUAAAGACCAUCGCCUUGCUGGACAAUGACUAUAUGCAAGAGCAAUCAUUUUUGGUCAAUCAAGUGGUCAGUGUUUCGGGUUGGGGCAGUUUAAGUGACGGAACAAACUCCACGCACAUCCAUCAACAAAACCGUUUGCUUUAUUAUGCCGAUGUAAGAGUUAUGGAGCAGGAAAACUGUGAAUGCUAUUAUCUACCGGGAUUAGUGAGUCGCAGCAGACAUCUUUGCACCGAUGGCAGCAAUGCUAAAGGAGCAUGUCAAGGUGAUUCAGGUGGUCCUCUGGUAUUACAGUGGCAGAAUAUAAACUAUUUAAUAGGCAUCAUAUCAUUUGGUAAUGCCGAUGGCUGUGAAUUGGGCUCACCGACGGUCUAUACUAGGGUUAGUACCUUUGCAAAUUGGUUACAACACUUUAUACAGUAAUAAAUAUAUUA